AGUAAGAUGGGAUCCAACGAGAGUGUAGUACAGAAUGCAGUAAUUUAUGAAUUACUUUUUUCCUGAGGUAGCUCAACAGACAACACUUAAUGAGGAAGGCAAGGCUUAACUGUUUGGCACCCUUGUCAUUCUUGAUGAGUAAUUACUUGAAGAUUAAUAAAUUUGAAAUCUACCAGUCUUAGAAAUGGAAGAAAGUGACGAAUCUGAUCAGCCUAUCUCAGCAGGGAGGCAAGAAAUUCGAAAGAGGAGACGACCCAGCCAACCAAUGAUAGAUAAAUCCCAGCAGACUGAAGUGACAGAGAAAAAGAAUCACUUGCCUGCACCACAGUCAUCUGGCCCUAAAGCCAUCCUAAGAAUUGGUAAUGUUCCUGUAAGCAAAGUCAGCUGUGACUCUUGUAGAUUAUCUUCUCAACUUCAGCAAACUUGGACAAAGAGAAAGCGUGUACAGGAUAUGACUGAUAGAUCUCUGCAGACAGACACUAUCGCAGAAGAGAAAAAAGAAGAAAUCAAGUCAGUCUGUGGAACAGUGGUACCUGCAGAAAAGCCAGCUGUUGUUGGAGAAGCAGCCCCUGAAUAUCCAGAGAGUAUUCAGGAAGUAGAAAUUCCACCAGACAGACACUCAGUUCAACUCAAAACAGACAGAUCUCAGCAGACCACUUGUACUGGAGACUGGACAAUGAUGAACAUUCCUCAAAAACAAACAGCAGACGAACAGCAGAUGUACUUUAGUGAAUUAGAAAUAGUGUUUAUUGGCAGGCCAAGUAAUUCUUUUUCAAACUCAAAGGAAGGUGCACAGAAACGCAAAUCCUCAGGGAAGAUUUUUGUUAGCGAACAUCCUGAAUUUCAACCCAUGACAAGUAGCAAUGAAGAAAUUAGUCAGGUAAGUUCCAGCAAAGCUUCACUUAUUCAACAUACCAAAAAAAGUGCUCCACUACUUUUAGAAGAUGAACAAGAUGUUCCAAUUAAAGUACAGUCUCCUGCUGCAGAAAAAAUCUCGGCUGAAGUGCAACUUCCACUAGCUGAGGAGACUACUGCAGAAGAGGUCCCUGCCGAAAUUCAGCCUCCACCCGCUAAGGAAGCUCCUGCUGAUGUACAGCCUGCCCUAGCUGAAGAGGUUCCUGGAGAUGAGGGCCCUGCUAAAGCAGCGCCUAUCCCAGCUGAAACGACUCUUUCAGAAGAGCCUCCUGCUGAAAUUCAGCCUCCAGCAGCUGACGAGGCUCCUGUUGAAAUACAGCCUACCCCAGCGGAAGACACUCUUUCAAAAGAGCUUUCUGCUGAAGUUCAGCCUUUAUCAACUGAAGAGGCUCCUAUACAAGAGGCCCCAGAACUUCCACCAGCUGAGGGAACCACUAACGAACUUCAGCUUUCACCACUUGUGGUGUCCACUGCAGAAAACGCCCCAGCUGAAGCUGAGCCUCCACCAGCUGAGCUGGUUCCUGAUGAAGUUCAGUCUCCCCCAGCUGAGGAGGCCCCUGCAGAAGAGGCCCCAGAAGAAGUUCAGCUUCCAUCAACUGAGGAGGCCCCUGCAGAAGAGGUCUCAGCUGAAGUUCAGUCCCCACCAGCUGAGGAGGCCCCUGCAGAAGAGGUCUCAGCUGAAGUUCAGUCCCUACCAGCUGAGGAGUCCCCUGCAGAAGAGGGCCCAGAAGAAGUUCUGUCUCUACCAGCUGAGGAAACCUUUGCAGAAGAGGCCUCCACCAAAGUUCAGCCUCCACCACCUGAGGAGCGCCCUGCAGAAGAAGCCCCAGAAGAAGUUUAUUUUCCACCAGCUGAGGAGACCGCUAAAGAAGAGGUCUCAGCUGUAGUUCAGCCUCCACCACCUGAGGAGGCCCCUCCAGAAGAGGACCCAGAAGAAGUUCAGUCUCUACCAGCUGAGGGGGCCCCGGCUGAAGAGGCUUCAGCCGAACUUCAACCUCUACCUCCAGAGGAGGCCUUUACAGAGGAGGCCCCUCUUGAACUUCAGCCUCCACCAACUGAAGAAACUACUUCAGAAAUGGUCCCUGUUGACAAACAGUCUUUCCAAGAUGGAGAGUCCUUUAUUACACAAAUCUUUAUAAGAGACACCUUUACUGAAGUUCCGUUUCCACCAUCUGGACAAACCCCUGCAGAUGAGGCUCUGGUAGAAAUCGCGUCUAAUGAAUAUCAGUCUCUCCAGACACCAGACAUCCCGGUGGUAAAACUAGAAUCAUUGGUUUUCGAAAGUGAGCCAAAAUCUGAAGAGCCUUUAAAACUGGAUCCUCUUCCUGAAGAUUCAUCAAAUCCCAAAAAGGAAGAGGUUUCUGUUCAAAUAGAAGGUGUCAUCCAUAUAGAACUGGAAUAAGGGCCUCCUCCUGAGCUGUCGCCAGGUCUUAACUAAGCUAGUCAUCAGAGGCUAGGGGGUUCUGGAAGUACAUAUCUUAGAGAAGGAUAGGCCUUUGGAGGUAGCUUUGU